AUCAUUUCAUUUUAAAAGAUCUUCUUCAUCUCAGAGGCAGAGCCACCGAGACCGAGUGAGUGAGUGAGUGAGUGAGAGAAAUAAAAAGCGCCAAUACUUCGAGCUCUCUCUAGAGCUACGCAAUUUUCUUUGAUUCUAAGAUCUAAUCCUAUAUUCUCUACAAUUCGGAGAGCUUCAAAUCGAGUUCCAAGAACUAAGGAGUGUAUCAACGAAUAUGAGUAAUACCUUAGGCCAUAAUAUACUCCAGCAGAGUUUGCUUCGUCCCCCACUUCUGGAACCUCAAAGAAAACUCAAUUCUUCUGGCAUUCCUGCAAACACUUUGUUCCAAGCUGUGUGUGGGAACCAAUCAGCAGCGCAUUCAAGGAAAUCACCACUAUCCAGGAAAUUUUUCGGGAACAAUCUGAGUGUGCAGAAGUCGAAGUUAGCAUCAGGAACACGGUGUCCUGUCACAGUUGUUCCCCGUGCUGUAUUAGCCAUGGAUCCAGCUUCUGAGCUUGCAGGAAAAUUCAACCUUGAAGGAAAUAUAGAAUUGCAGGUUGGUGUUAGCACUCCUGCUCCAGGGGCUGCCACACAAGUAGAUAUUCAAGUUUCAUAUAGUAGUGACUCUUUGCUUCUUCACUGGGGUCUUAUACAUGAUAGAAAGGAAAAAUGGGUACUUCCUUCUCAUCACCCAGAUGGAACAAAGUUAUAUAAGAACAGAGCCCUUAGAACUCCUUUUGUGAAAUCUGGCUCAAAUUCCUUCCUUAAAAUAGAAAUUAAUGAUCCUGGAAUACAAGCCAUAGAGUUUCUUAUAUUUGAUGAAGCCCAUAAUAAAUGGUUUAAAAAUGAUGGUCAGAACUUUCAUGUCGAAAUACAUAAGGGAGAGAAAUUAAAUCCAGAUGUUUCGGUUCCUGAAGAUCUUGUUCAAAUUCAAGCUUUUUUGAGGUGGGAAAGAAAGGGUAAACAAAUGUAUACUCCAGAGCAAGAGAAGGUGGAAUAUGAAGCAGCUCGAGCUGAGUUAUUGGAGGAAGUAGCCAGGGGUGCUUCCAUACAAGAUCUCCGAGCAAGGUUGAUGAAAAUGAAUGAUAGUAGUGUAGUGAGGGAGCCACCUAUUUCUGAAACAAAGAAAAUACCUGAUGAUCUUGUACAAAUACAAGCUUUUAUACGAUGGGAGAAAGCAGGGAAACCUAACUAUUCCCAAGACCAACAACUUAGAGAAUUUGAGGAAGCAAGAAAAGAGUUGCAAUUUGAGCUAGAAAAAGGUGCCUCUCUUGAUGAGAUACGAAAGAAAAUCGCCAAAGGAGAGAUACAAACUAAGGUUGCAAAGCAAUUGCAUCACAAAAAGUAUUUUACUCCUGGGAAGAUUCAGCGCAAGAAAAGGGAUUUCACGCAGCUUAUCACUAAAUAUGUGGCUGAGUCUGUAAAGGAACCUGACUCUAACCAACCAAAAGCCUUGACAGUAGUGGAAAAUUUUGCUAAGACAAAGGAAGAACAGGAUGGCGGUCGUGUUCUGAACAAGAAAAUCUACAAGCUUGCUGAUAAGGAACUUCUGGUACUUGUAACCAAGACUGAGGGCAAGACAAAGGUGCAUCUGGCUACAGAUUUCAAAGAACCUGUUACCCUUCACUGGGCCUUAUCUAAGCAAAGUGCUGGAGAGUGGUUGGUACCACCUCCAACAGCAUUACCCCCUGGUUCAGUUUCUCUAAGCAAGGCCAUUGAAACACAACUUACUAAUAGUUCUUCUGCCAAUCCCCUUCAUGAGGUCCAAUCCAUAGAAAUUGAGAUUGAAGAUGAAAAUUACAAAGGGAUGCCGUUUGUCCUUGUCUCUGGUGGAAAUUGGAUAAAGAACAAGGGCUCAGACUUCUAUAUUGAAUUCAGUGUUGGACCCAAGCCAGUCCAAAAGGAUUAUGGUGAUGGCAAAGGCACUGCCAAGUCUUUGCUGGAUAAAAUAGCAGAGAUGGAAAGUGAGGCCCAGAAGUCCUUUAUGCACCGAUUUAAUAUUGCAGCAGACUUAACAGAUCAAGCCAAAAAUGCUGGUGAAUUGGGUCUUGCAGGAAUUUUGGUGUGGAUGAGGUUUAUGGCUACAAGGCAACUCAUAUGGAAUAAAAAUUACAAUGUGAAGCCACGUGAGAUCAGUAGAGCACAGGAUAGACUUACAGACUUACUCCAGAAUAUUUAUUCAAGUCAUCCACAGUAUCGCGAGGUUCUGCGGAUGAUUAUGUCUACUGUUGGACGUGGAGGUGAAGGUGAUGUGGGACAGCGAAUUCGGGAUGAAAUCCUGGUCCUCCAGAGACACAAUGAUUGCAAGGGUGGAAUGAUGGAAGAAUGGCAUCAAAAGUUACAUAAUAACACUAGCCCUGAUGAUGUUGUAAUCUGUCAGGCACUAAUUGAUCAUAUUGAAAGUGACUUUGAUAUGGGUGUUUACUGGAAAAGUUUGAAUGACAAUGGAAUAACAAAAGAACGCCUUCUAAGCUAUGAUCGUGGCAUUCAUUCUGAACCAUCAUUCAGGAGAGAUCAGAGGGAUGGACUUCUGCGUGAUUUGAGAAACUACAUGAGAACUUUGAAGGCAGUUCAUUCGGGUGCAGAUCUUGAGUCUGCUAUUACAAAUUGUAUGGGUUACAAAUCUGAGGGUCAAGGCUUCAUGGUUGGAGUGCACAUAAAUCCUAUAUCUGGCUUGCCAUCUGGAUUUCCAGACCUGCUUCAGUUUGUCCUUGAGCAUGUUGAAGAUAAGAAUGUUGAAGCCCUUCUUGAGGGUUUGCUAGAGGCUCGUCAGGAGCUCCGGCCACUGCUCUUUAAGUCUAAGGAUCGUCUGAAGGACCUUUUGUUUUUGGACAUAGCCCUUGAUUCUACUGUUAGGACAGCUAUUGAAAGGGGAUAUGAGGAGUUAAAUAAUGCUCCACCAGAGAAAAUUAUUCACUUCAUUGCUCUAGUUCUCGAAAAUCUUGCACUUUCAUGGGACAAUAAUGAGGAUCUCAUCUACUGCUUGAAGGGAUGGAAUCAUGCCCUAAACAUGUCCAAGAGUAGGGAUGAUCACUGGGCAUUAUAUGCAAAAUCAGUCCUUGACAGAACCCGUCUCGCACUAGCAAACAAGGCAGAGUGGUACCUGCAAGUUUUGCAACCGUCAGCAGAGUACCUUGGGUCACGGCUUGGAGUGGACCAAUGGGCUGUGAACAUAUUUACUGAAGAAAUUAUCCGUGCUGGAUCUGCUGCCUCUUUAUCCACACUUCUUAAUCGACUUGAUCCUGUUCUUCGAAAGACUGCUAACCUCGGAAGCUGGCAAGUUAUCAGCCCAGUUGAAGUUGUUGGAUAUGUUGAUGUUGUGGAUGAGUUGCUUGCUGUUCAGAAUAAAUCUUAUGGGCAGCCUACAAUUUUAGUGGCAAAAAGUGUAAGAGGAGAGGAAGAAAUUCCAGAUGGUGUGGUGGCUGUGCUGACUCCUGAUAUGCCUGAUGUCCUGUCUCAUGUAUCUGUGCGAGCAAGAAAUGGCAAGAUAUGCUUUGCCACAUGCUUUGAUCCUAGUAUAUUGUCUGACCUCCAAGCUAAGAAAGGGAAGUUAUUGAGCCUAAAACCUACAUCUGCCGAUGUAAUUUAUAGUGAGCUAAAGGAAGGUGAGCUAGCAGAUGCAAGUUCAACUAACUUGAAAGAUGGUUCUUCACCAUCUUUAACUUUGGUUAGAAAGAAAUUUAAUGGUAGAUACGCAAUAUCAUCUGAGGAGUUCACGAGUGACAUGGUUGGAGCCAAAUCACGUAAUAUCUCUUAUUUAAAAGGGAAAGUGCCAUCGUGGGUUGGAAUUCCUACAUCAGUUGCCCUACCAUUUGGAGUAUUUGAGAAGGUUCUUUCAGAUAAUUCAAAUCAGGCAGUUGCUGAGAAGUUAAAGAUUCUCAAGAAGAAGUUGGGACAAGGAGAGUUCAGUGCACUCCGAGAGAUUCGCGAGACAGUUUUACAGCUGGCAGCACCACCCCAAUUGGUUCAGGAGCUGAAAACUAAGAUGCAAGGUUCAGGAAUGCCUUGGCCUGGUGAUGAAGGUGAACAGCGAUGGAGGCAGGCAUGGAUGGCUAUAAAGAAGGUCUGGGCUUCAAAGUGGAAUGAAAGAGCAUAUUUCAGCACAAGAAAAGUAAAAUUAGAUCACGAUUAUCUCUGCAUGGCUGUCCUUGUUCAGGAGAUUAUAAAUGCUGAUUAUGCAUUUGUAAUUCACACAACUAAUCCAUCUUCAGGAGACUCAUCAGAGAUAUAUGCAGAGGUUGUAAAGGGACUUGGAGAAACACUAGUAGGAGCAUAUCCUGGUCGUGCUUUAAGUUUUAUCAGCAAGAAAAAUGAUCUGAACUCUCCCCUGGUGUUGGGCUACCCCAGCAAACCCAUUGGCCUCUUUAUAAGACGGUCUAUUAUUUUCCGAUCUGAUUCCAAUGGUGAAGAUCUAGAAGGUUAUGCUGGUGCCGGCCUUUAUGACAGUGUGCCGAUGGAUGAGGAAGACAAAGUUGUGCUUGACUACUCAUCUGACCCACUCAUCAUUGAUGGAAACUUUCGCCACUCGGUCCUUUCUGGCAUUGCUCGUGCAGGUAGUGCAAUUGAGGAGCUGUACGGGUAUCCACAAGACAUUGAAGGUGUUAUUAGAGAUGGGAAAGUAUACGUUGUUCAAACAAGACCUCAAAUGUGAUUCUGAUUUUUUUUUUUUUACCCUUCCUUUGGGUUAAAAAAUAUAUCCUCAUGGUGAACUUGUAUAAAUAAGAAUAAUAGUUCAAAGCACAACCUAAGAAAAGGAAAAGGGAACUAAGAAAAGAUGAAAGAUGAUAGAAGUGGUUGACACAAAUAAAGGAUGACAUUUUAAACUAUCACGUUGUAAGUUUAUAAAGAAGUCAAUAUGUAAUAUCCGGGUUGACCUAUUUAGUAGAAACUAGAAAGUAGGAAGACCCAUAUGUAUUAUUCAUUGUUAAACUUAUUGGAUUUAAUAUAAUUACAUCCAUUUGGACUU